AUGACUGAGCUCCCGCUCGCCGACCGCCUCAAACUGCUGCGAUCAAAACAAGCAGAAAUAAAGUCAAUUGUGUCGUCGCGGAAACGCAAGCUGCGCGAGCUUUUUGCCGUUGCGACCGACGAAGAUGGCAUUCCCAACUUUGACUACAGCGACCCCGACGCGCUGGCUAUCACGCUCCCCGAGGCAAAAUUUCUAAACGAAGCCGACAUCUUGCAGGGUCGCCGACUCCACGAGCGUCACAUACCGACGCGCCGCAAGGCCUUGUUCGAUGCGCAGCAACUCCGAGCGAAGUAUAACCACCGGGCUUCCGGUCCCAGCACCUCGGCACCGACAAGUACGACCGAGAAUGGUGUACAUUCGCAGGAUGCCGAUCCAAAGUCACUCAAGGCGACCGCUCCUGGCCCAAGCAGUGGAUAUUUGUCUCCUCGGCCUAUGUCAAAGCCAUCGCAGGCGAGUCAAGAACCUGAAGCUACUAUUCGACAGCCCGCUGCCGUCGCCGACGGUCGGGGCGACAGCUUCCGGGCUGGUUCAGCGAAUGGGGCAUCUACUUCUCUCCCGGCCCACGUUCAGGUCAAUGGCGCCUCCGAAAAUCACUUGACUACGGAGGACGGGAAGACCGUGGCGGCCCCUCCCCAUCCACCGCCGCCACCCUCUUCAGUCUCUUUGCCCGUUACCACACAGCCCUCCCGUGUCGAUGCAAGAGUUUCUCAAACCAACCAAGACCAGUCUCAGACGAAAGUGGAGGAAGGGCAGGAUGCGAAGCCGACGGAGACGGUCUCGCUGAGCCAGGAUGCAUCUGCUCUCGACAGCUCUCGCCAUCCAGAUGCUCUGUCAUCGCCGGGAUCCACCGCGCCGUCAAUGUUGACACCGGCCGUGCACGAUGCGUCCGCCAACACCAGCCCCGACAGCGAAGCAGAACAAUAUUCCGAGCUCAACGACGAGACAGUUGGGAGGAAGCAGGAAGGGAGCGAUAGAGUAGAGGAGAGAAAAGGAAGUGGUGAAGAGACAACCACAUCGUCAACAACGGCCCCUACAUCUGACGCCUCUCUACCUACCCCGAUCAGUGGCGUGGAAGAGCAACUUCUUCAGGAGUCGGCUGCAGCGCAACUUAGCCAACCAGCCGGCUCUGCAGUUGAUGCUGGUGCAUUGCGAGAAGCGCCGGAGGAUAAUGCACUAACCACUGUGAGCAACGCGGUCAUCGAACAGGGUACGAAAGCGACAGGGAGCUUGCCAAAUAACCAGCACCCCGCCCAGCUACCCUCCAACACGCAGACACCCAGGAAUUCGGAACACGAACAACCUGGAGAUACCCUACUACCUAUGGACAUUGAUGAGCCAGAGACGGCCGCAUCGACACGGCAGCCUCCCGAAGUUGGUACAAGGAACCGCGGGACAGUACAAGGCGUCGCCGAUAAGGUGAAGGCUGAACCGGGCGCCGAGUUGCGGACAUCGACUAUCCCGACUAUGCCGGAGAAAUUUUCUGGGCCAAUUUCUAGUUCGCAAGCAAACGGUGCCUCCCAGCUAGCCCAGCGAGAUACAAACGUCCCUCGGAGACCAUCCGGUCCGCUCAAGUCACGCGACAGGCGUCGGCAGAGCGUUCCCACGGUCAUCUUUGGCAAGCAGCCAAAGAAAUCCAAGCCGCCUGAGGAAGAUGGGACAGUGGUUGUCAGCGAGAAGCGGACUGGACGGAUUCCAUCUGAUGAUUACUUCACGCCUCUCUUCAUCGAAGGAUUCACGCGGCAGUCGAACUGGAUGAAGCCCAUCGAGAAACUGAUCAACCAGGCUCACAAAACGAUCUCCACUUCAGACCAGUACAUCUCGAUGCUAGACCAUCAGGCAUGCAAGAUUCUGCGUAGGGUGUAUCAUCUCCAGCAGCAUGAUAAGUGGUCUCUCCGACAACCAGUCCGAUGCCCAGAACCAACGCGGCAACGUUCUCACUGGGACGUGCUCAUCCAGGAGGCAAAAUGGAUGCGGACCGAUUUCCGUCAGGAGGGCAAAUGGAAGCGAAUGGCGGCGCGAAACCUUGCCUACGCCUGCGCGGAUUGGGUCAACUCUGAUCCGGCUACUCGGUUGGGACUGCAGGUGAAUGCAGUCAUCCCACCCCGGCGGGUGGCUUCGCAGGUAGACGGGCCAAAGGACGUUGUGUUUGAACCCUUGGACGAUUCCCUUCCUGAGCUGAUUCAUACUGAUUCCCCGACGGAACAUGAGGAUGAGCUGCCGGACGUCCUGGUUCAUUCUAUCUCACCUUCGGCUAUUUUCAGCUUACCAAAUGACGAAGUCGUGUUCCAACUCCAACCCUCCAAAACAGCCGAUCUACUUCUUGAGAAUCUACCACUUUAUGGAUCACCUUUAGCCAUUCCGAAGUUCGAUGUCGCGGAUACGGAGCACGACCCUGAUGCAACGUGGAAGCGACCUGCCGUGCCUUUGAGCAAAUAUGUCGAGGGCGAGAUGGUGCUCGCCGGCAAAAGGCCGCCUCGCAAGCGCCGAAGGUAUGACUACUUGGACGAAGAUGACGAGGACGAUGAGAUUGAUGGGGUCAUUUUUGGGGACGGGUUGGACAACGGGGCAGAACUCCAGGCUAAAAGCUCGGCUGUCGCUCUGUUCAGCUCGGACAUGAAGGGGAUCCGAGACCGCCUCCAUGCGGGCCAUCAGUUCCGCCCGCCGACUGAGCAUCCCAUGCCCCCACAGAACUUUUUCGAGAGUCGAACGGCAUCUCAGUGGACGUGGGCCGAGGACGAGCAGCUCAAGUCGCUUGUGCGCGAAUGUUCUUACAACUGGUCCUUGAUCUCAACUAUGGCUUCGACGCCCUCCACAUUCGCAUCUGGAGCCGAACGCCGCACGCCUUGGGAAUGCUUUGAACGUUGGGUGAGCCUCGGAAGCCUAGACGGGCUGCCGAAUGAUAUGGCCCGGACCCCCUACUUCAAGGCCUACCAAGCGAGGAUCGAUGCGGCCCAGCGCGUCAUUGCGCAGCAAAACCAGAAUGCUCAGCAGCAACAGCAAGUUGGGCCGAACGGGGCGGUGGCUCCAGUUCCACGACGUCGACCCACUACGAGCAUCCGUGUCGAGCGGCGCCGGAACCAGAAGCACCUUGCCCUCAUUGAUGCCAUGCGCAAGUUGGCCAAGAAACGGGAGGCCACGGCCCAGAAGGCCCAGCAAGCCGCGAAUUUGGCAGCCAUGCGCAAGGCCAGCGAGGUACCGAGACAGCAGAUUCAGAACAAGACGCCGCGAGAUUACAGUAUCAUGAGGUGGGAGCGGGACCAGGCACUUGCUGAACGCAUGGCUGCAUAUGCUAUUCGACAAGCCGACGCGAAUGCCCGGAGACUCAAACAGAACCACGCUGGCCAGGUUCCAGGCACACCUGGUACAGUCCCCGCAGCUCAGACCACCGCGCAACAACUUGCUACAGCAAACUCGCUCAACAAUGCCGCCCGUGGCAACGCAGCUAGCCAGGUUGCAAUGGCUAGGCAGGGCCAGAACCCGGGGACCGGACGAGUCUCGGUCGCCGCGACGCCCGGCGCAAUCCCUGCCGCCGUCCAGGCCCGGAUGGCAGCUGCUGGCGGCCUCGUUCCGCCGCUUCAGAUGGCUGGUAUCCCGCAGGCUCAGCUCCAGGCAAUGCAAGCUGCUCAACAUAGACUUCCCAUGGCCAAUCCACAAGCGGACAUCAGCCUCAUGCUCCAAGCCCGGUCCAUCCACCACCAACAGCGGGCCAUCCAGCAACUACACCAACAACAAAAUGGGCAACAUCAAACACAACAGGGGCAGCAGCAGCAACAACAACAGCAACAACAGCAACAACCACAAACUCAAGCUCAGCAGCCGCAGCUUCAACAACCUCAGCCACAACCCCAACAGCCAUCCCACAAUCCCCAACAACAGCAGCAGCAGCAACAGCAGCAACAGCAACAAUCAUCCCAUCCGCCGCCACAAACAACGCAAGCACAACAGGUACACCAUAAUCAGCAGACUCAACAACAUACACAAGCCAAUGGAGCCCAAGGCUCACCCACGCCAAUGCGCAACGUGAUCAACGGUCUGAAUCAGGGUGCAUUCCUAAACAACGCGCAAGCCAUGAUGGCAUCAUUCGGUGCCGCGAAUGGUGCGGGGUCGGCUACAUCGCCCGGCACCGGCCUGAGCAUGCCCACCAUGCCUGGCCGGUCUCCCGGUGGUAUUUUGAACCAGCACAUUACUCAACGCCUUGCCGAACUUGAAGGCCACUAUCGCGCCAAAAACCCGAACCUUCCUCCUGAGACUGUGCGGCAGCUCGCGACUGAGCACUUAGGUCGUAUGAUCGUGCAGAGCCAGCAGCAACAGGCAGCCAUGAACGCAGCAGCUGGAGGGGUCGCACAACAGCCAAUGAAUAGUCCUCAUCAAUACGCCUCUCUUCUUCGUGCCCAGCAGCAAGCUCAAGCUCAGCAGGCAGCGGCGCAACAGGCCGCGCAGCAGCAGCAACAACAACAGCAGGCAGCACAACAGCAACACCAAAGGCAGUCGAGCGGAAGUGCAACGCCGGCGCCGAGCAAGUAA